GCCGUCUCAUUCAAUCCUCAUGAGCAAUCCAUCGUCAUGUCAAAUUCAAUCCCGACCUCUAACAAAGAGGUAAAAUCUUCUUCACCACCUACAAUACCUUCACCUCCCCCCCAUCACCUCAACCACAACCUCCCAAAUCCAGAUAUUCAAGAAAAUGGUCUCCACGCUCUCGUAAAUAUCCAAACCGCAAAAGAUAUCUGGACUUUCCUUCUAGUAUUUAGAGUCUUUAAUUCUUUUCUCGUCAAAACUUUCUUUCAGCCAGAUGAAUAUUUUCAAGCUCUAGAACCGGCUUGGGAAAUGGCUUUUGGAGAGGGGAGUGGUGCUUGGAUUACUUGGGAAUGGCAUUAUCAAUUAAGAUCUUCAUUACAUCCGACUCUCUUUGCUGCUGCAUAUUACUUAAUAGAUAAACCUAUGGAAUUUGUGAAUUUCUUUCCUCAAUUUAGAGCUGAAGUUUUAGCUGUAUUGCCAAAUAUCAUUCAGGCUAUUUUUGCCGCAGGUUGUGAUUACUAUACUUGGAAAAUGGCAGAGAAAAUGUAUGGAUUGGGUAGUAGAACUGGUUAUGUUACUCUUCUCAUGAGUGUAUUAAGUCCUUGGAAUUGGUUUUGUUCAACAAGAACCUUUUCGAAUUCUUUGGAAACUAGUUUAACAAUUACUGCAUUGUAUUUUUGGCCUUGGGACAUGGCAAUUAGUUCUGGAGAGAAAAUUAAAGAGGGAAAGAAGGAGAUGUCGACUACGUCUAUAUCUAAAGGUGUUUUCAGAACGACAGAAACCGUAAACCAUCUUCGAUAUUCCCUUCUUCUUGCAGGUAUUGCCUGUAUUCUUAGACCAACCAAUCUUUUGAUAUGGUUUUGUGUCAUAAUGCCAAUCAUUAUGUCCCUCAUACCCGGAGUAUCUCCAAAAACAACUAAAUCACCCAUCCCACAAGAUUACAUUAUUCUUCUCAGAGAAGCUAUCUUAUGUGGUUCGAUCAUCCUCAUCAUCUCAGCUAUUUCCGAUCGUCUCUACUUUGGAGAAUGGACAUUCCCACCUUACCAAUGGCUUCAUUUCAAUAUCUCUCAAAAUUUAGCCGUAUUUUAUGGCAAAAAUGAUUGGCAUUAUUUCUUUUCCCAAGGCUUGCCACUUUUGUUACUCACUUAUCUGCCAUUCACGAUUCUCUCGACAUUCAAAAGCUAUACACCAUCUACAAUGCCAAAUCCGGAAUUCACUUACAACCUCCAAACAAUUCUAACACAUCUCACUGGUGUGAUGAUCUUCGUCUUAAGCACAAUCUCCCAUAAAGAAGUUCGAUUCAUUUACCCACUUCUUCCUAUUCUUCUCCUCCUAACCGCACCAUCAAUCACAUCAUUUUUCACACGCGAAACUCAAAUCCCUACAAACGACUCUUCCAAAUCGAAAAUCGAAACCGCAACAAUCCGCAAACCACUUCUCACCAUUCUCAUUCUCCUCAACAUAGCCUUGGCAGCUUAUACAACAAUCAUCCAUCAAUCCGCCGUGAUAUCCGUAAAUACAUUUAUCCGACACAAAUACGAAACAGAAAUGUUGGAUGCGCAAGGAAUCCCUCUUCAUUCUCCAGACGCAUACACAUAUCUAAAACAUUACCCCGCUUCAUUUGAUGAGCACGCGCCCCCUUCGCUAAAUAUCGACUACGAUAUUAAAAAAGAAGAAAAUUCUCAAUAUGCAAAAAAGAUGAUGGGGACUUCCCAAAACCCGGAUUGGGAUGGGGAAAAUGGGGAAGGUGCGAUACCCUUUGUGGGAUUUCUAAUGCCCUGUCAUAGUACCCCGUGGAGAAGCCAAUUGGUGUAUAAGGGAUUGGGGGCCUGGGCUUUAGGAUGUGAACCUCCUGUACAUUUGGAGAUGGGGCAGAGGGAUAUGUAUAGAGAUGAGGCGGAUAGGUUUUAUGAUGAUCCGCGGAGGUUUUUGAGGGAGGAGAUUUUGAUAGAGGGGGAUGGGGAGGGUGAUGGAGAUGGAGAUGAGAAGAAAAUGUGGCCCCGCUAUCUGGUGGGAUUUGAAGGGGUUGAGAAGGAUGUGAGGGAAUUUUAUGAGGGGGUUGCGGAAGGAGCACAGGAUGGAGCGGGUAGAGGAAAGAAAAUGAAAGAGAUUUGGAGAGAGAGAAAUACCCAGUGGAUUGAUGAUUGGAGGAGGAGUGGCGAUGUAGUGGUUUGGGAAUUUGUAUAGGGGUAUGGGAUGAGAUGAGCCGUGAGAUUAGGCGAAGAAGAUAGUGGAUGAAAGAAGAAUGGAUAGUGAAAAUGUAUACAUAGUAGAUAAAAAGAAUUGAGAUGAUAAGAUUAAUAUCGUAUAUAGCGCAUUUAUUCA